CGAUAACAACCAAUUUUGUUAUUGUCUGCGCUUUGUGCUCUUCGCUUACAACGCAAUUUAGGUAUUUAAUCUGGCGUGAACAAAAAGAUUUAUUGUGCCUACACAUUAGUCAUAGACAUAAGGAUAUUGCAAUAAAUUAGUUCAGAAUGUUCUCUCGCAAGAAACCCGAGCCACCAAAGCGUCGUCAACACGAUUUGUCCCAGUUUGGUUUAACGGAAAUACCAGAUGACUUUGAUCCCAGCGCUGGCUACGGUGACGACGACGAUGCGGGUGACAGUGAUUUGGAAGCCGAAUUAGCAGCAAUUGCGGGUGGUGGCGGACCAAAACCCAAAGCAAAGCCAAAGGCAAAACUAAUGCCGAACAGUGAUUUGGACAAAAUGAUUGCAGACAGCAUGCGUGAUGUCAGCGACGAUGAUGACGACGAUGCCCUUGAGAACGAUACUGAUUUGCUGGGCGAAUUGCAGGGCAUCACGGGAGGCGAACUGGAAGAGCAGGAGGAGGAACAAGCGGCUCCUGCUGCCCCCGCUGCAGACCCAGAGCCAGUGCAAACCUUUCUGCCCACCACCACAGUAGACACAUUGAGCAUCAUCAAACAGCGUUUGGACAUGUACAAGCAGGCCGAGGCUAAUGCCAAAGCGGCGGGUGAAGCAGCCAAGGCGCGACGUUAUGCGAGAGGACUGAAGACGUUGCAGGAUCUGGCGAAGCAAUCGGCUGCUGGUAAGCCCAUCAAUGUGGACGACAUUCCGCCCGAGGUUAGUGUGAAGCCGGCAGGAGGCGAUGCUCCAGCAGCACCAGCUGUAUCAGAAGCUGAUCCACAGCCGCCGAAACCAAUUCGUGCUGCUCCAGCGCCGCCCACGCCAAGCUCUCCUUCUCCUCCAGCAGCAGCAGCUCCUGCCACGCCCACACAACCAGCCAAUCCUUUGGUGGCAGAGUUGCGUCAACGCCAAAGCGAGUAUAAAGCAGCUGCAGUACAAUCCAAGCGGAGUGGCGACACAGAAACAGCUCUACAGUUUCUGCGCGUCGUCAAGCAGUUCGAUGUGGUUGUCAAGAUGUGCGAGGAUGGCCAGGAGGUUGAUCUCAGCGAUAUGCCGCCACCACCAGCUGAAUUUUUAGCCUUCAUGGCCAAGUUGCAAGGUGGUGAAGCUCCUGCUCCUGCUGCUGCCCCAGCUCCAAUUCCAACUCCAGCACCAGCUCCGCCAUCAGCGGUUGCAGCCCCCUCGACGAUGCCAUCGUCCAUGCUGGAAGCACUGCAGCAACGUCUCGAUAAAUACAAGUCCGUGGAAGAAGCCGCCAAGACGGAGAACAACACGAGCAAAGCGCGUCGCUUUGGACGUAUUGUAAAGCAGUAUGAAGAUGCGAUCAAGCAGCACAAGGCUGGGCGUCCCGUGGCCUACGAUGAGUUGCCCACACCACCUGGUUUUCCAGCGCUACCCACAGCUGAUGCGCCAGCUAAGCUGCCGCCAGCAGCGACGCCACCCAUGUCACCCACAUCACCGCCCGCCACGGCCAGCACUUCAGCUGGCGGCACUCCUAGUAGCUCGACCACAGCGACACCAACAACGGAACGCCGAGCACCGGCGCCAUCGCCAUCGCCCUCCAAGGAUUUGACGACACGCACCUCGGGCAACCAGCACAAGAACAAUCUAGCCGAGCAGCAAAUGAAGCUGCUGCUGGAGCGGCAAAGGGAGUUCAAAUUGGCCGCCAUAGCAGCUAAGAAAGCGGGUGAAAUUGAUCAGGCCAAGGAAUACUUGAAGAUCUACAAAGGUUUUGAGGCGCUGCUGAAUGCGGCGAGCAGCGGAUUGCCCGUUGAUCUGAAUACACUGCCUGUGCCGCCUUCGCAGCGCGAUAAUCUGGAGUCAUCGUUCGCCAUAGUGGCAGCCGAGGAAUGUGAUCCGGGCGAUGACAUUUGUGAGAUAGGUGUGCGCAUCGAGGAGCAGCUGGCCAAGCAGCUUAUGAUGUGCAAGAAUACGAGGGAUCACCACAAGGCCAUGGGCGAUGUGGCAGGAAUGAAUCGCUUCGAGAAUCUCGCUCUGACAGUGCAAAAGGAUUUGGAUUUGGUGCGUUACUCGAAGCGCAAGAAUCAAACACUGCCCAAAUUCCACUACGAGAAGCGUUCCUUUAACAUUGUGCACUGCAACACGGAUCUGACGGACAAUGAACUCGAAAUUGUUGUGGUGCGUGGUCUAAACUAUAAUGUGGCAAAUCCCAAGGAUGUAGACACCUAUGUGCGCAUUGAAUAUCCUCUGUUGAAUGAUGAAUUCUUCAGGGCUAAAACGAAUGUGAUCAAGGACACAGAUAGUCCGGACUACGAUGAACGCUUCAAGGUUGAUAUCCAGCGGGGCAAUCGACAGUUUAAUCGCAUCAUCAAACGUCAUGGCGUUAAGUUCGAGAUCUAUUCAAGAGGCUGCAGUAUUGAUUGUUGUGGACUAAGUCGUAAACUGCCCGUAUGUUGUUUCAGAGGAUUCUUGAGAUCCGACACUCUGAUUGGCAGCGUAAAUGUGAAGCUGGCGCCGCUGGAGACCAAGUGCGACAUACACGAUACCUAUGAUCUGAUGGAGGGCAGGAAGCAGGUAGGAGGCAAGUUGGAGAUUAAGGUGCGUGUGCGGAAUCCCAUACUGACCAAGCAGAUCGAGCACAUCAAUGAGAAGUGGCUGGUGCUGGAUGCCGAAGGCUAAACUGACAACUUUUAAUCCUGGCUUUGCUUCAACUAUUACACUCAACACACACAAAGUUAAAACACGCGUUAUGUACUAUAUGUAUAUUUAUAUAAAUAUUUAUGUAUAUGAGAAUACUUGAAUUGUUGGCAAGGCGCCUCGAGCUGCUUCGCUGCCUCUCUGAAGAUUUGUGCCCCAAGUUCAGUUCCAUUCCAGACAGAGAGAUCGACGACAGUUCAAGUGAAGGAGAAGGAGGAUGAGGAGAAGCAGCAGCGGCAGCAGCGAUGACGCCUUGCGGCCAAUUAAAGCCUGAUUAUGUUUUGCAUCUAAUAUGAGCGAUAUGUUAAUAACCAUUAUUACCUUAUGAUUUCUUGUUUUGUGUGCUCAUCAAUUGUGUGUUAAAUUACAACUCGAGAUAUUCGACAAUUUGCGAGAAGGCGCUGCGCUCAUUGAAAACAUCUACGCCGCGCACCUUGUAGAAACCUGUUACAAGGUUACUAAAUUUAGUACUAUGACUGCACAAUUGAUGUCUUAACUCACCGUUGACGCUGCCAUUGAGACCGGGAGCAUACUGAAACGAUGGAUACGGCAGAUGCCAGCCGAGCGAGAUUUGCUGCCAGUCAGCGGAGGCAGCUGUGUCGCCACUAGCCCUAAACCAAACCUCGUAGCUCUUCAGGCACUGCGUGGAGCGCGGCUGUUCGCUCCAGCUGAUGAAGACCUCACGCCCAGUGAUCGCCACAAUCUCCAGCUGCUGGGGUCGCUUCAAUUUGGGCCACGCCGCCGAGCAAACGCGCAACAGCAUCACCCAGGGCAA